AAGAAGGAAGAGGAAGAACAAGACCACUUCUUUUUUGAACAAAGAACAAGACCUCUUCUCUCUUGUCUCUUCUCUUUUCUCAUUCCCGUUUUUCUUCCUUCUCUCUUCUCUUCAUCGGUCAGAAAGGAAAAUCCAGACAGACAGAGAAUGCAGUGCGGCACGUCGGCACGUGUCGUCGUGGCAGCAACAUUCUUCCUCCUCUUCCUCUUCGAGAUCGCUCAAUCCUCCAACGAUUCUCAGGUUCGAUGCAGCAGAACAUGCGUUGCAGAGAACUGUAAUACUAUUGGAAUUAGGUACGGGAAGUAUUGCGGAGUAGGGUGGACUGGAUGUCCUGGAGAGAAGCCCUGCGAUGAUCUCGACGCUUGUUGCAAGAUUCACGACGAAUGUGUUGAGAAAAAAGGUUUGAUAAGUAUAAAGUGCCAUGAGAAGUUCAAGACCUGCAUAAAGAAAGUUCAAAAAUCUGGAAAGCUUGGCUUUUCUACAGAAUGUCCAUAUGACACAGCUGUGCCUACAAUGGUGCAAGGCAUGGAUAUGGCCAUCUUGUUCAGUCAGUUGGGUGGCUCGAAGCUUGAACUCUGAUAGAGUAAAGUAAACUCUUUUCGUACUGUGCAAUCACGUAGUGUUGCUAAUCAUUCUUUCUUGAUAUAACAUUGAUAAUAAAAACUGAAGCCAUUAACAAUUCAUAAAGGUGUGUGGAUCACUUUUUAUUUCUGUGAUUGCCCUGUGCAAGCCAUUUACUUCCAAGGGCUCUUUUUGUUUCCCCUUUACAUAACUGUAGCGAUUUUAUUGUACUUGCAUUUCUAGCAAUGCGUUUUUGCUUUUAAUAUAACCAUUUGAAUUCUUUCAAUGAA